CUUAGCGACAGUAACUCCCUCUUUAUUAAAAUAUCUACAGCACAUACGGAAAUUUUUCUGUCAACACGUGAUUUAAUACUCGAAUUGUUUAUAAAUAAAUAAACAAAUAAGUAAUAAUGUUCAGUGAAGAUUUUAAACCCCAUGAGAUCCAAGAUCUGUCAGGAGUUACAGAACCAGAAUUUUCAAAACCGGAAAUGCAAGAAGCUCGAGCUUUUUUACGUGAACGAUAUUUACGAUUUAUGAAUGGAGUUAUUGGAGCUAAAGCGAACUUUUAUCUCUACGAGAACUCACAUGUAUCUGGAGAAUUUCGUGGCUGCGAUGUGGAUUGUCUUGAGUUGUUCGUCCACAAUUUGAAAACGCCAUUGGGAGUUGUGCCGGAAGCUAUUCUUCGAGCAACAGACGUCAUAAGUUUCACAAUAAAUAACAUAAAAGCACCAUGAAGAUACAAUAACAAUAUUUUAUUCAUUUAUUUACUUAUCAAUAAUAUAAAAUAAUUUAUUUUAAGUUAUAUGUACGUAUAAAAU